CUAAUAAUACCGUAAUAGUCAUAAAACACGAUAGUGAUAAGGAACUAGUCUGUAAUUUAUAAUCGGAAUUAUAAAUAAAUAAAAUUUGAGGUAAUACUAAGUUAACCGUCUUAUUAAUUUGUAGGCCAUAAUAACUAACUAACUAAGCAAGCUCAAUUCCGCCAAAUAUAAUUCUAAAACUAUAAUAUAACAGUAGGCGUCUGUUCUGUGAGUUAAGUAUUCAAGACACAGACAACUGAAACUCUUUUUGUUUGACUUUUUAAAAUAAAGAUUUUACUGUUGAGACUUGACUAACAAAUUAUAUAAUUUUUUAACCAAGGCCUUGGUGCCUACAACACUGUUACUCAGUGAGUAAGUUACUUACUUUCUGUUUUGUUAAAUGUGGUGUCCACUGUUGAACAUAAAAAAAACACUGGCACUGAACUGUUUCCCAUAGCCGAUAGUGUCCCAGUUUAGGGUUAGAAUUAAGGUUCAGGUUAGGUUUAUGGAUACAUUUAGUAUGACUUAGGACAUAAGUUUGUGGGUUGCUGCAACCAAGAUUUAGAUGGCGGCCACGGUGCUAUCGCUCCAAAUCUACCAUUGUCUUAGUCAUAAAUUCAUUAAAAUCUUGGUUCUAAGUAAUUAUUUAUUAUUGGGUUAUCUACCACUUGAGUGUUGGCUAAGAAAAAAAUCCAGUUGUUCCGGUUGGAAAGGCUAUUUAAACAAUUAUUUUUAUAUUAUUUUUAUGACAUUGUUAUUCUUAUACUUAUAUUAUUUAUAUAACUAUAACAUCGAUUGUACCUAUUCAUUCCAGCACAUAUAUAUUUAAUACAAAUAACACAAGACAAUUUUAAAAAAUAGAAAAACUAAAACAGAAGAAUUUAAACAAUUUAAUAUGUGAAAAUGGAAUUAUGCAUAGUUCGCCUUCAAGGUGAAAAUGAAGUUUUUAAAAAUAAAAUCAUUUCCACAAAAACGGAUGCGGAACAUGAAUUCAUAUAUUUAUGGAGGGAAAAGACCGGCUUGUGCCAAACUGUCUUUUCGGUUUGCGCUUUGCGCGCAUCCACAUGUUUUCAACAUUGUGUGUGUGGACAUCAGCUUGAUCUGGAUCAACACAAUUUUGUUGAUGCACCAUCGUAAUGCUGAAUUAGGGUCUGACAAAUUUGGCAUUAAUGUUGACAGCCACCAUACUUCUUUUCGUAUCUGAUCAGUAUCAAACACUUUGUGCAUCGGCACUAUUGUAGUCUCUUUUCUUUUUCUUCCUGCCCUAUUGGUAACUUAGUAGUUAUAAUUAUUUAAAUGUAUUGUGCUAAAUAACUUUAUACGGGAGCGAAACCAUUAACGGACCUCAAUAUGAGAAUAUUUUUUUAAAUAGCCCUUCCCACCGGGACAACUUGAUUGGUGGUAGAUUACCUAAUAAUGGAGUAAUGAGGCUUAAGCCUACAUUCUCAUAGUUGUCAUAGGCCAUAUGUCUACUAUAUAAACCCAGCCUCUGCUGGAUCUCGUUACAUAUUUAAGGUCAGAUAGGCCUAAAGUUUUAAAGUAAAAUAUUUGAAACUCAAUAAAUUAAAUAAAGUAAAAAGGUAACAUCAACAAACAAAUGAUCAAAUUUCAGAUCAGAGGACAUCCUGGUUCCAUGAUUGGGGUUAGUGAAAUUCAAAUAAAACUGUAACAUUUGCUUAAGGAAGUGUCUAUUGGUGAAGUUAUUUUUAGUAAAAUACCAAUAGCUUCUAGAGAGUUAUUGGUAGUCCAGCCAAUCAAACCAAAACCAGAUUUUUAAAAAUCUGCUUUCAGUGAUGCUGGUGUAGUAUUGCCCCGUUCAUUUAUUACUAGUUCAUGAUAGUGACAACACAGAUAAUGAAUCCUGAAAGAAUUUUAUCUUUAUUAUGUUAUUUUGAUACUUUCAAAGAUUUGGAAAAUGCCAUCAAAACUUUAUAACAGUUUGAAAAUGAUAUCUUUAUAAAUAAGAGUUCUAUAUUGUUACGUGUAUAAUAUAGACCUAAUAUAGAUGGACUGAUAAAUGAUACUGGGGGGAAGGGGAUCAUAGUCUGAAAAAAUUAUAGCCAGGUUCUUUUUUGCAAAGUGGAUAUGCGCAAAUCUAAAUUUAAAAAAUUAAAUCCAGCAGACGUUGAGAAAUUAUUUUAUUAUAAACAUUUUCUGUCUGCUAAUUAUUAUGAUUAAAAUUAUGAAUUAAAAUAUAGGCCUAAAUAAUAUGUCUACAAUGACUACAAUUACCAUAAUAAUAGUUUUAGUGCAUAUAAAAAAAACUUGUUACUUUAGUUAAAUGAAACAGUAUAAUAACGCGAUUAGGCUUAAAAAGGACAACUGAGGCUUUGGCCAAUCUCUUUUUUAUGAACAUGGUAAUGUGACCCAACCCCCUCCCCCAUUAUUGAUUUUCUGGCGGGAGAGAGGCUUAACAAGCAUUUUUGUUCAAUUGGGUCAUUGUUAGGUUGAUUGUUCAUUUAUUACAAAGAUUAAUUUAACAUCUAGGAAAUGCUUUGUACUAUUUAUUUUUUAAUGCUAUGAAGAAUCAAUAUUUUUAACAGCACAUAAUACGAUGAAAACAUAGAGCGAGAUACAUAAGAAUAAAAUAUAUACCAACAAUGAAAAGUAAGUGUAUUAUUAUGUCUUGAAAAUCAGAUUUGGAGCAAAAUUAUAAGACUAGACACAAAAAAUAAAUUUGAAAGUGCACCACGACCAGUCUAAAACGUAGACACACGUUUUUUUGGCAACAUUUUUUAUCAUUAUUGGUGAAUCAAAGUCGGAGCUUCACAUAAUUAAGAAUAAGAGUGAUUUCAGUGUUGUAAUUUAAAAAAAUAGUUACUAUACAUCAAUUAGUAGUUUUUGAUAGUAAACUACCAAUAGCCGCCUAGAAGCUACUAGUAGUAGAGUACCAAUAGCUCUGUAGUUUACUACCAAUAGUCGCAGCCUUUGCUUAAUUAAGCUGAUCAUUAUCUUAAAAUUUAUAACAAUCGCAAACUUUUUUUUAUUGUUUGUCAAUAUAAUGAUAAGGUAUUAUAAUUAUAAUACUACCAAAUGAUUUUUGCUAUUAUUUUAUUUAUUUUGUUACUGAAACACCCCCCCCCCCCCUCUAAAUUUUUUUUUUUUCUUUCACUCUACGGUUCCCCUGAGUUUCUGUGGAUGAGUGAAGCCCCCAUUUUUUCAUAAACAUUUUUUACUUAUAUUUAAAGAGUGGUUUCCUCCUGAGAAUUGAAAGAAAAUGUUUACCCUGCCACUGCAUAGGGCCCACUGAAGUCUAAUCAUUUUGGGUAACCCCUGCUACCAGUUACAUAUGCACAGUCAGUCAUUGUGCUGUAUGCUGUGUAACAUGAUGAACACACAAUCCGGCAUAGAGCCAUUUACUGCUUCUUUCACACUUGAAACGCUGACCUUGCUCAUGUAGUCCAUCUUGUGUUAACUUUUCAAUAAAUAAAAUUUAGAAAUAUGUUUUGUUAAGGUUGUUUAAUUAAAUCAUGCUUUGUUUAUAUCGAAUAUAAGAACAAGGUAUGCUAAACUUGAAUUCAUAGACAAAAGAUUUUGACGUUUCGGCUUAGAGCCUUCAUCAGAAAGCAAUACCUUGUUCUUAUAUUUCAUUUACGCAAUUUGAAUGCAGUCCAUCAAUUAUUAUCUUUUGUUUAUAUCACAAUAAUACUCACUAAUUAAGGAAAUUUAUUUUCAGUUGGCUUACAAUAAUUCAUUACCAGUACAUACAAAGUUUAACAAAAAUAUAUUUUUCUUAAAAGAGGUUCUGUAACUUUCACAGAUUGUCUUCGGGGUCUGUGACUAAAUAACGGUUAAAAACUAUUGUCUUAGACAAUCCAUUGAAUUGAUACACAUGUAUGAUUUACCUGUCUGUGUGAUUUAUCACUGCCUCUGGCAAUAGUCUAAGCCACCGAAGUUUUGGAUGGCUGCAUUAACAUUUAGAUAGGUCUAAUUCUGAUUUCACUCAUUCAUAAGUAACUCAGAAUCAGACCAAUAACAUCAUAAAGCAAAUGAUUUCUACACAAAAUUUGUAUAUUCCUUUGAAAAAUGACUUUUCUUUUAAUUACAUUUUUUACUGACAAUCAUUGCUCCAUUUUCUUUUUGCAGCUCCAAAUGUUAUGAUUGUUCUUUGAGGUCAUCAUUAUUGAAAAAGCCAGUGUAAUAUCAUUUGUAUUCUGCCUAGAAAAAAGCUGUAUGUUGUGCACACACUUUUACUACUAAUGACAGUAUGGUACUUGCAUAUUUGUUUAUUUAUAGUUAUAUUACUAUUUAUUAAUAAAAUAUUGGUAGUUUGGGUUAAAAGAUUAUCUCAGUUAUCAUUUGUCUUCAUAUCUUCUUUCAUUGGACUUUUGAUUAGGUUAUAAAUAGGAAAAAGACUGGAAUAAACAAAAUGAUUUUUAAAAAUCUAUAUACAUUAAAUGAAUUUCUAUUGAGAAAGUACUUUUCUUAUGAAUUUAGAAUAUUACAUACCAAUCUGAUAUUAAGAGGCUCUAACACAGGGGUUCUCAACCUGUGGGAACUGUAUCAAGGGGUCAUGGCAUUAGAAAGGUUGAGAACCACUGCUCUAACACAAUGUGUUAAUGUGAUAUUGUCCAUUUUAAUUCUUUAGAAGAGAUGGUACAAUAAUUCAUUCAUUCAGUAUUUUUUUAACUGACUUGUUCUUGAAAGAGCGCCAGGUUUCUAUUUGGUAGAUCUUUCUAUAUUUUCUAAUUUUCUGGGGGUUUUGUUCUUCCUGGGUGGUCUAUCUUAGGGAUGUCCUAGGUAAUGUACUUGCUGGCAUUCUGCUAGCAUGACCAAGAUAUAUCCUUUGAUGCACUAUAUCAUUUCUGCAAUUGUUGUGUCACCCAUUGAAUUUUGUCUUUGGUGCAAAGAUUCUAUGGAUCCUUUGAAGGACUUAAGUGUGGAAAACUGCCAGCAUCCAUUGCUUUUAAACUUGGUGUGAAUACCCAGGCUGGUCGAUCUCUGAUUUUCCAUUAUUGAUCUUUACAUCAAUUGUGUCCAUUGGAUUCAAUCAAAACGGAUACUUUUGAAAACUUGGAAUUUAUCCUAGCAUUGAGCUUGUUUGAAGACUUGUUCCCACUUUAGGAUUAGGUUUGCUUUGUUAUCCCUGAGGAUCCUUCUUUUAAUCUUGACUAGAUGACUUUUUCUAAAUUCAGCUAUUGCUUUCUACUUUCACUCUAUAAUGCUUUGUUGUAUCCAUGAAGCUCAGAUUGUAGCUUUCCAGUCUGAUGAAUGUGCCAACAUCCCAGCAUCCACCUGAGAUCCAUUACUUUGGCAUCAACUUAUCUUCUCUUUCUCUUUGUGUGAAGAGUUUCCUUGGGGCCUUGGUCGCCUCCCUUCAAAAGUCCAUUGACCCGGUCUACUUUGCCCCUGAUUCUAACUGUGUUCGAAUUUUCCUUUGUUAUUGAUUAUGCUGCAGAAGUAUAUAUGGGAUGGGGGUGCUAGGUCCCCAUGCUCAACCCUCCCCCUUUAUCCUGUCAUGGGACAGGUUGUUGUUGAGUUAGUACGAUGUAUAUUUCUUAUGUGGGAAAUAUUUUCUGCUUCUGAUCCUUGGUUUCAAUUCUUUUUAAUUUUUGCGUAAACAUUUGCAAUAAUUGAAAUGUUUAUAGUUUUUUGGUUGCUUUUUUUCUAUGGUUUCAUUUAUAAAUUUACGUUUUAAAGUUAUUUUCAAUCUAUUGAUCCACCAUUGUCAUACUGCCCACAGUAAUUUUAUAUUUAUUUAUCUGUAUCCAUACUGGGGUAUAAGGAUUAAAUAAAAGUUAUACAAAUAUAGUUGUAAAUUAAACCCUAGAAACAAAGUGGGCAUAGUAGGGUUACUAAGGGCUUCAAAUAUCAGAGAUCUCUCUGUGGAAAAACACAUGCUGAAAACUAAUUUGGGUAAACCUCAAAGAAAAUUUCCCAUCUUUAUUGCUCCUGUACAGACAACAUAGGUCCAGGCAAGCAACAAAAUAAUGAAUUUCAUAAAAUAAAUCUUUUUUACUUUAGCUACUUAAUAUUUCUGUUGAUCUCUAUCUAAAAUUAAAUUUUAACUGAUGUAUAAACUAAGGAAGCUGAAAUUUUAUAGACCAUUAAUUUUGACUCCAGAAGGUGCAAAAAUUCAUUAGAAUCCAGCAAAAAGGAGAGAGGGUGUGGGGGAGGUUGUUAUUUUUGUGGGAGGUUACUUUACUUUUUAAAGUCAUUUUAGAAAUGUGAUAUUUUUAGGCACUAUUUAUCUAUUCAAUGGGCUAUGGCUAUAAAUUAAUCUAAUUAUAACUAUGGUAAUAAUAAAAUGGUUUCGUGAACAUUUCUGAAUUAAAAGUUUCUUUUUAUAAAAUUUAAUUUGAUCAAGAGGAUUGGUCUCUUUUUUUCUUUUUUAAAUAGCAAGUGUUUUAUUAUUAUUUAUUAUAUUAAGGAGAGCUGUUUGUUAUUUUUUUAAGUUUUUAUAUUUUUAUAAAGAUUUUUAGUUUGAAAAUGUAAAGAAUACUUCCUUUAAAUAUAUUUGUAUGAAUAUUUGAAGUUUGUAUCAGGGAAAUACGUUAUAACAAUUUAAAGAUGAUCUGACUUCCAUUAUCAUAUUGUAAGCUAAGCAUAUAUUAUAUACUACCUAGUCACAGAAGUUAAGUGUUAAAAGGCGGCUACUGUCCAGGUCAGAAAGAGUCAAGAGUGUAGAACUACACCCUACUGAGCCAUGGAUGCUAACAAGUCUAUACAAUGGCCUUGCAUAUAUCUGGAACAUAGAAACUAAGGUAAUCAGUCUGCAACCUGACCCUCUAUUUGAUCAGGAGUAAAAUUACAUAAUAUGCAACAGGCUUUGUUAUUGUGAAGAAUUAAUGGUCUUAACGAUUUGGUGCAAAGAUUAUGUUUAAUUUCCGUUACCUGUGGAAUGUCUAGAGUUGGAAUUUAGGAGUCCUGCUAUAUUUAAACCUUAUUUAUUGCAUGUGUUUUUCUUAAAAUAUUUUUUUUUUUUUAAUUUUAAUGCCAAAUUUCAGAGUUUUUUGAUAAAUUGCUAUAAUUUCACUUAGUUUGGUUAAAAUUCACACAAAUGCUAACAUUUCACAUGAUGCUAAAAGUAUCCAAAAUGUAUACCUUAACAUUUUUAAUUUUCAGCAAGUUAUCAAAACUUUAGAAGUCAGUAAUCUGCCAGUCAGAGUUGCUAAAUUUGUAGCCCGAAAAAAUUGGGUCAUCACAGGUUCAGUAAGUGGUUUUUACCAUUUGUAAAUUAAUCUCUGUAUUUGUUUACAAAUGUUUAAAUACUUUUGUAGCAUAUAUCGUUGAGACUUCCCAUUACCUACUUUAUAAAAUUAAAUCAUCCAGCUUUUAUCUAUAGAGCAGAUUUUAACAAUAAACUUUCACCACCAGGCAUUUGGGAAAUGUGCACAGAUUGGAUUCUGCAGAAGUCAAGGUCUCCAGGGGGGUCCCUCAUUUAUAAAUGAUAUCAAAAGUUUUGUUAACGUCUCAGUAGUUAAGCAUUUAAAACUCCAUCAUUUGGCAUGUUAUGGUUGAUGAAGUAAUUAAGUACUGAUGGUUCAAAGUGUGUUACAAUUAUUUGCCUCAUUGUUUCUCUAGGAUGACUCACUGAUCAGAGUUUUUAACUACAACACACUUGAACACGUCACACAUUUCGGGGCCCAUUUAGAUUUCAUAAGGUCCAUAGCCGUCCACCCCACACAGCCCUUUAUUUUAUCCUGUGGAGGUAAGUGCAAUUUUCUUCAAAGCCGUUGAGAAAUUUAAUGAAAAACUGACUGAAAAAGUUGGAAGCAAGGUUUUAAAUAUCAAUUGAGUUCUCUGUGAUCUUCAAGGCGCUAAGAGAUUAUUGGUUGUAAAAAUCCAUUGAGUUCUCUGUGAUAUUCAAGGAGCUAAGAGAGUAUUGCGGUAAAAAUCCAUUGAGUUCUCUGUGAUUUUUAAAGGAGCAAAGAGAUUAUUGGUUGUAAAUAUCCAUUGAGUUCUCUGUGAUAUUGAAGGCUCAAAAGAGAAUAUUGGAAAUUGUGCUGAAGGUAAAAUGGACUUUGUUCAUGCAUGAGUGGAAGGAAGUGGUAAGGCAUGCUACAGUCUUACAUGGGCUGUAGUGCCACAGGGAUUAGGAUGGAUGAUGAUGUUCUGAAGAAAUAUUAGACAUUGGAGUUACUGGUAUAUUGUAUGCAAGUGAUACAUCUGAUAGAAUUUAAAUGGAAAAUAAAUUAAUAACAAAUUUUGGUAUAAACCAAAUUCACAAUUUACAUGGCUGCAAUGUUUUUUUUCCUGUUUGUUAUAUUGUAUUUCCACCCCUUUCCUCUCUGUUCUUCUGAUCUUUGUUUUCGUUAGGGACUUGUGCCCAUUCUUAUUGUUUUCUUACACAGUUAGGUAGAAUACAUAUGUAUGUAUAUAUCAAUGUUCCCUUUAAGCUUUGAGUACAGCGCAGCUAAUUUCCACUUAAGUCUGUGUUUGUGUCUGUAGGCUGUAAAUUUUGCGCACAAAAAAAUUGAUGCUGUAAAAAUUUGCACACAACUUUAUGAUUUUGCACAGGAACAAACAAACCUGAGAGGGAACAUUGGUAUAUCUAUAUAUUAUGUAAAUUUAAUUUAUAUGAAAUUUUAUAUUUUUGUUGUACUGAUGGUGGCAUUUCCACUUAAGUCUGUGUUUGUGUCUGUAGGCUGUAAAUUUUGCGCACAAAAAAAUUGAUGCUGUAAAAAUUUGCACACAACUUUAUGAUUUUGCACAGGAACAAACAAACCUGAGAGGGAACAUUGGUAUAUCUAUAUAUUAUGUAAAUUUAAUUUAUAUGAAAUUUUAUAUUUUUUGUUGUACUGAUGGUGGCAUUUGCUAAAACGUUUGUAUGCUGUGUAAUCAUUAUUUAAGCUUAACUGUAUAUUUACACACAUUGUUGUUUCAUGCAUGAAGGUAAAAUGGACUUUGUUUUUGAUGUUAAAACUUAGGGCUUCAGUUUAAAACACCACAAAACUAUGCAGAAUAUAUUCCAAGUAUAAAUUUUAAAGAAUCAUGAAACAAAAGCAUACUUAGAUCAAACAAUGGGUUUUAAAUUUAAAUAAUUGACUGACGUUAUCAAAUUGAAAUUGAAUCUUCAUAAAUCCCAUUCUAUUUACAUUAGCAUAUUUUGCAACAUGGCAAAUUAUAUUUAGAUUGUAUUUUAUAGUUUUAUUUCAGUUUGUUCUAAAUAUACCUUCCUCUGUAAGGUCUUAUCUAUUUUUUAUUAGUUCCAUGUUCACAUUAAUAAAAAAAAAAUAUCACAUCCUCUUAUUGCAGUUACUUUUCACUCAUCUUGAUUAUUUUAUUGAAUUGGAGGCUACUCUAUUUUGUCCAUGUAGACCAAGGAUGUCUAUGUGGACUGAGGAUGUCCAAAUAAUUUUACCUAAACUUUCAGCAAUGACGAAAUAAUUUACAUUGCCUUAACAGAUGACGGAAUCAUCAGACUUUGGAACUGGGAGAAGAAAUGGGAGAAAACAAAGGAGUACAGAGGUCAUACAUAUGUCGUCAUGCAAGUUGUCAUCAACCCAAAAGACAACAACCAAUUUGCCACAGCGUCACUGGACAAGACCGUUAAGGUGGGGGGAUAAAUGUCUGUCAUUGAGCCUCUGACCGACCCCAUAAUUAUUACUUUGGCUCCGUGGUCUAAAGUGUCAAUAACUGUAAGACCCCACCCCCCUCUCUCUUAGAUUAACACCAACAACCUGAUUUAAAAGCAGCAACAGCACUGUUGUUAUUCAAUAUCUACUGUUUUAUUUCAUCAUGAAACCGUGCUCAACACACCAAGUUACACAUAAUGAACAUUUUUAUUACCAAUGGUGGACAUUAUCACUUGAACUCACCACAGUCAGUCACUCUCAUCGACAUUCAGGAACACUGCUCAACUUUAUAACUAUGAGGACUCUGAACACACGCUGGGACUAACGAGAACUGUCAACACACUAGAGUCAUUGACUAACUCAUAAUCUCACUGUCACACAACUAUACACACACUGCAGUCAUUGACUAACUCAUAAUCUCAUUGUCUCACAACUAAUACACACACUACACUUGCUUAUUAUCAUGGCCAUUUUAAACCAUUUGCAUUAUUUAGACAUAAUAAUAGUAAUACUACUAAAGCUCACAACUCCUGCUCUAAAAACAUUGACACUUAACGCUGUGAUUAUCAUACCUUAACAGUGAUUAUCAUACUUUGACAGUGAAUAUCAUACCAUCACAGUGGAAAAAAAUAAUUGUACAUUUUUAAAGCAUAAUAAUCUGAAAUGUACUAAAUGUCAAGAAAAUACAUUGAGAAAAAUCUAUGUCUAUCCUGGCUGUGUACAUGUCAUAAAAGUCAAAGGUUCUAUUGUGUUUUUAAAAUGAUCGUCAAUGACCCAUUAUAAUCACUGUGCUGCUGUUUGAAUUAGAUUUCAUUUUUGUCUCUUGUGUUUACAACAGGUCUGGCAGCUGGGGACACAAGUUCCCAACUUCUCACUUAAACAUGAGAAAGGAGUUAACUGCGUGGACUACCAUCCUGGCAAUGACAAGCCGUACAUGGCCACGGGUGAAGAUGGUGGGAUGGUCAGGAUAUGGGAUUAUCAAGUAAUGUGUGACUUUUAAACAUGUUGUAAGAUAGAAAACAUAUGCUUCUGUCCUUUGUUUGAAAUAAUGCUGUAAUAGUUCCACAUGAAAACUUUUAAUAAGUGACUAAUUUUUUUAGAGCAAUAAAAAUAAAUGACCAUCUGCGUAACCUUGUAACCGUAACCCUAUUUUCAGAACAAAUCAUGUGUCCAUGUUUUACAAGGGCACUCCAAAGAUGUCAAUACAGUUGUCUUCCAUGCUUCCCUCCCCCUGAUUUUAUCAGCUGGCUGUGAUGGUAAGAGCCAGAUUUAUAACAUGUUUUGAUGAAACAUGAAAAGAUGAUAUACCGGUAGUUUCUAUUGAAUGAGGCAUUUUAGACUAUUAGACUAGUACUAGAAAAAGUAACCUUUUUAUUUAAAGUAUAAAGCUGAUUUGUCUGUAAAAUUGUUAGAACAAUUAUCAAACAUUAGUUAGGAGAAGAUGGUAAAGAAAAGAAUCUGAAAAAUAAAUGUAUUUUUAUUUGAGCAUAAUAAGACAAUAAAUGACAUAUAAUAAUUUUACAAAGAAAAAAUAUUUUUCAUGGUUCAAAUAAAUUUAAAUGGUAGUUCUAUGUUUUUAUUUAUUUUAUUAUGGUACAGCUUUUGUUAAUUUUUAUUUUAUAUUAGAGUUAGCUAAUGUAGCAGUACUGGGCAAUCAACUAUACGUGGCUCUUUGCAGAAAACAAAGAAGCUCUUUCUUUUUAAAGAUCUUUAAUGACAUUUUAACAAUCCACCCCUCCCUGCGAUUCCCAACAUAUUUUCUUAGCAGAUGUAUAAAAAUGACUUCUCACUCAAAACAGGUCACCGACUCCAUCACCAAGAAUGAGCUAAAGAGGUCAUAUACGUGAAUUAGCUAAGAAUGUUAUACAAAAAUAACUAAAAUCCUAAAGCUGUAAUCAACACUUUUUUCGUUUUUUUAAUCUUUGGCAGGGACAUUACGAAUGUGGCAUUCUAGCACUUACAAACUGGAGAAAACAUUGAACUUUGGCCUUGAGAGAGUGUGGAUGAUUGCAUGUCAGAAGAAAACUAAUGCACUGGCUAUGGCUUGUGAUGAUGGCAGUUUGGCAAUAAGGGUAAAACACCACUAUUUAACACAACAGACAGCUCUCACUUACUAAACAAAGCUAAUAUGUUCAGUUACCACAUCAGACAGCCUCACUUUCUGAACAAAGUAAAUAUGAUCAGUUACCACAUCAGACAGCUGUCACUUAGUAAAUAUGUUCAUUAGGAAAUGGCGUUGACGGGCCGCCGAGCGUGAGCCCUCCCCGACGCACCUCCACACAGCCCAGACGACAGGUCUUCUUGAGACCGGACCAUGGCAGUUUGGAAAUAAGGAAUAAUUUAAAAUGUUUCUAAAAAGUUUAUGUGAUAGAAAAGAAUGUUAUUUCAAAACUAGAAAGAAUUUUAUAUCCUUAGAUAACAUUUUGUUAAUGGGCUAUUGGAUGUCAAUUGCUAAAUAAUUGUUUGAACUACUGUUAGUAUAAGAAUGUUGCGUUUUGUUAUAGAUUGGAAGAGAUGAGCCCGCAAUAUCAAUGGACUCAUCUGGAAAAAUUCUUUGGGCCAAGCAGAUGGAGAUUCAACAGGCCAACACCAAGGCCAUUGGGGACAGAGAGAUUAAAGAUGGGGAGAGACUGGCUGUGGCAAUCAAGGACUUAGGAAGUUGUGAAAUCUAUCCCCACUCUAUAUCACACAGUCCAAAUGGAAGGUUUGUGUGUAUGUCUUAGGUGGGAGCUUGGAAUCAUUAGAAUGCCAACUAUUACUUUCAUGUCUGUAUUUAUUCUUGUUAGGUAGUUGGAUGGGACGUUGGUUUCUUUAGGUCUGUGGAAAAUGUGCAAGAGGUCCAGUUUUAUCCAGAGGUCUAUAACAUCAUCAAACAUCAAACUAGUGACGUAGUGUUGCUCCAAAUUGAUUUGGAACCUCUAUUUUUUUUGUUAUAUUAAAUCAAUAACAAAAGCAUGAAGAUAACAUAACUGCCAUCUGGCUAGAAGAUAAAAUGAAAAUUUCUCUAGUUCGCCAGCUACCCCCCCCCCCCCCCCCCCAACCAACAUCCAUAAGGCUCUGUCUCUGCUGCUCACAACGAAGAUCUUUGUCACUGCACCAAUGCAUGGAUGUUCCUCUGUCGUCAUAGCUGAUCACUGCUUGUCCAACUGCUUGGGUGUCUCUCUAGGACUUACACUGUGACAAGCUGCAUCUUUCCCUGGUUGUUGCUGAUUAUGAACAUUGAGGAAAUACUUCACAAAUUCUUUAUAUAUAUAUUAUUCUUUUUAUAUCUUAUAUAUACAGUGAAAUACGUGAAACGCGAAAACGCUUAGCAUGAAAAAUUGGUUAACACAAAAUAACAAUGCAGUUCCGACAAAAUACUCAGUACAUUUUUUUCUUUUAAAAAACCGCUUACCUCGAAAAAAUUUUGCUUCUAGGAAAGUAGAGAAUACAUACAUCUGCCGGCGAGAAUGUUGAGGGGUCUGAAAUAAAAAAGAGGUUGUGUCUCAUGUGAAAGAAGGCUAACUCGAAAUGAAUAAUACAAUGGACGAUAUCAAAAAAUUUGUUGACAAUUUGAUGCUAAAAAAACCAGUGCAAAAUAAAAAAAAAUCGAAAAUAUAAUAUUUUUAUUCAUUUUGUUGUUUUUGUAUUAAAUGCAUACAUACAUAAGUAUGUACAAAAUGUAUAAUAAUUUGAAAUGUCAAUAGUGUAUCUAAUAUGACGUGCUCUUAUAAAUGUAAUUUUGUUGAGUACAUUUUUUUUUGGAUGCAUUUUGGUCCCCUCAUUUUUGUGUUAAAUGAUUUUCAAUGUAUACAUAAAUAUUUAUAUAUUCAAAAAAGGAGAGACGAUUUUCUGUAAAUUUCAUGUUUUUUGGAACUAUUUUCUGUACUUAAUCACCGGCAUAUCACAAUAGACUUUAAAGUAUGUAAAUGUAUAUAUAUUAUAUAUAUAUUUUCAUUCAUAAAAGGGAGAGACAUUUUAUAAAUUAUAAAUUCAUAUUUUUUGGAACUAUUUUCUGUAAUUAAUGACUGACAUAUAACAAUAGACUUUGAGUUUUGUAUCAACAAACCAUUUUUCAUGACACAAGUCCUAUGUAAACCUUAAAAGCCAUAUCGAACCAAAUUCUCCUCAGGUUUGUUGUGGUUAGUGGAGAUGGUGAAUAUAUCAUUUACACAGCCAUGGCCCUGAGGAGCAAGAGUUACGGCCCUGGCCUGGAGUUUGUUUGGAGUAGUGACUCGUCAAUGUAUGCGACCAUGGAUGGGACAUUUAUCAAAGUGUUCAAGAACUUCAAAGAGAACAAAUCUUUCAAGCCCUCGUUUGUAGCUGAAGGUAACCAAACAUAACAAAUAUUCCCAAACUGUUAAUUAAAUACACUAAACAUUGGUAUUACAUGUUUGACAUUAAAACCAAGGAGAAAUUAAUACAUCACCCAAUACGGUGCAUUUUGUAUUGUAGAAUGGAGUGGCAUAUUGUUUGGCUGGUUGAAGCUGUUUGGAAAUAUUUUUGUUUACACCUUUUUGGUCUACAACAAUGCUAAUACCUAAUUUAAACAAAUCAUCUGUUUAUUUAACUGCUUUUAUUUACAAUUGCACUGAUCAAGUUUGGUGACUUUGAAAACAAAUAAAAUUAUUGAUGACUUUGAUAGUCGGCAAGUAUAUUUAUUAUGUAUGCCCCUGUUUCAAGUGUCCAUGUUAAUUACUUUUAGGAAUAUUUGGUGAUCAAUUGCUGGGUGUGAAGUCAACAAACAGUUUAGUCUUUUAUGACUGGGAAAGUCUGAAUCUGAUCAGGAGAAUUGAAAUUAGUCCCAAACAUGUGAGUCUUUAUUAUGAAUGAGUAUUGCUAGACAUGUUUAUGUAACAUUUUACUUCAAUAGUUAAUUGCUGUCAAAGGUGUCUAUCCAAUGGUUACAGAUUAGUGCGUUUAAUCAUCUUCAUAGAUUUUGUCUUUAACAUUUUGCCCUCUUUGACAAACUAUCUUAAUAUGUGAAUAUAAUAUAAGUUAUGGAGCAUCUGUCUGAAAUUUACACAAAGGUCCAGAAAUUGUGCAUGGAAAGGGCACUGUGGCAGGGGAGGGAAAAGAAGCUGGGAAAGGGCAAAUUUAGCAAAGGGCUAAUGAGCAGGAAAGGGCAGUAUGUUAGGAAGGACACAUGAACAGGGGGCAGUUUGUUAAGAAGGACAAAUGAACAGGAAAGGGUAUUAUGUUAGGAAGGACAAAUGAACAGGAAAGGGCAGUUUGUUAAGGACAAAUGAACUGGAAAGGGCAGUAUGUUAAGGACAUAUGAACAGGAAAGGGCAGUAUGUUAAGGACCAAUGAACAGGAAAGGGCAGUAUGUUAAGGACAAAUGAACAGGAAAGGGCAGUAUGUUAGGAAGGACAAAUGAACAGGAAAGGGCAGUAUGUUAAGGACAAAUGAACAGGAAAGGGCAGUAUGUUAGGAAGGACAAAUGAACAGGAAAGGGCAGUAUGUUAAGAACAAAUGAACAGGAAAGGGCAGUAUGCUUGGAAGGACAAAUGAACAGGAAAGGGCAGUUUGUUAAGGACAAAUGAACAGGAAAGGGCAGUAUGUUAAGGCAUUGGGAAUCCCAUUUUUCUCAAAGGAAUGACUGUUUCAUUCAAAACAAAAUUGUGCAGAUAUUUUGGAGUGCCAAUGCCUCGCUAGUCUGUUUAGCCACACAAGAGAAUUUCUACAUCCUUAAAUACAACCCAGAGUCAGUUCAAAAUGCAAGCAAUGAUUUGGAUAAAGUCUCUGAUGAUGGCAUUGAAGAUGCUUUUGAGGUAAUUAAAUUUUAUGCACUUCAAUGUAUGAGAUGAUGUUUAAUUUUUUGGACCAUUGUGUGAGAGGAUCAAGACAUACACACAAUAAUUCAUAUUCAAUUCCCACAGACAUACACACAAUAAUUGAUAUUCCAUUGGUUCCAGUCAUACACACAGAAAUUGAUAUUCCAUUGGUUCCAGGCAUACACACAGUAAUUGAUAUUCCAUUGGUUCCAGUCAUACACACAAUAAUUGAUAUUCCAUUGGUUCCAGUCAUACACACAGUAAUUGAUAUUCCAUUGGUUCCAGGCAUACACACAGUAAUUGAUAUUCCAUUGGUUCCAGUCAUACACACAGUAAUUCAUAUUCCAUUGGUUCCAGUCAUACACACAGUAAUUGAUAUUCCAUUGGUUCCAGUCAUACACACAGUAAUUGAUAUUCCAUUGGUUCCAGUCAUACACACAGUAAUUGAUAUUCCAUUGGUUCCAGUCAGACACACAGUAAUUCAUAUUCCAUUGGUUCCAGUCAUACACACAACAAGGGGCUUUUUCUCAUUUUGGUUUUAAAUUACACAAGAACUCAUGUAAUAAAAGCAAAUUUAACUUGUAGGUUUUGAAUGAAGUGAAUGAGAUAGUCAGCACGGGGACUUGGGUAGGAGACUGCUUCAUCUACAUCAACAACUUGAACAGACUCAACUAUUAUGUAGGAGGGGAGGUCAUCACAAUAGCACAUUUAGACAGGUCAGUUACUUACAAUACACUGUUAAAGAAUGUGGACUUAGUUAUCUUUGUUUUGUUUAGUGCUCUCUUUACUUUCUUUACUCUGCUGACACUUUGUGUACUUGAGCACUCUGCAAACCAUGACACUUUGUGUAUUUAAGUUCUCUGCAAACCAUGACACUUUGUGUAUUUAAGUUCUCUGCAAACCAUGACACUUUGUGUAUUUAAGUUCUCUGCAAACCAUGACACUUUGUGUCUCUGCAAACCAUGACACUUUGUGUAUUUAAGUUCUCUGCAAACCAUGACACUUUGUGUAUUUAAGUUCUCUGCAAACCAUGACACUUUGUGUAUUUAAGUUCUCUGCAAACCAUGACACUUUGUGUAUUUAAGUUCUCUGCAAACCAUGACCUUUGUGUAUUUAAGUUCUCUGCAAACCAUGAUACUUUGUGUAUUUAGGUUCUCUGUAAACCAUGAUACUUUGUGUAUUUAGCUUCUCAGCAAACAGUGACAAUGUGUGUAUUUAAGUUCUCUGCAAACCAUGAUACUUUGUGUAUUUAGGUUCUCUGCAAACCAUGAUACUUUGUGUAUUUAGGUUCUCUGCAAACCAUGACACUUUGUGUAUUUAGCUUCUCAGCAAACAGUGACACUUUGUGUAUUUGGCUUCUCAGCAAACCAUGACACUGUGUGUAUGUAAGUUCUCUGCAAACCAUGACACUUUGUGUAUUUAGCUUCUCAGCAAACCAUGACACUUUGUGUAUUUAGCUUCUCAGCAAACCAUGACAUGUUGUGUAUUUAUGUUCUCUGCAAACCAUGACACUGUGUGUAUGUAAGUUCUCUGCAAACCAUGACACUUUGUGUAUUUAGCUUCUCAGCAAACCAUGACACUUUGUGUAUUUAGCUUCAAAAUGUUAGUUGUUUACUUUUAAUUAUUCUGAUGAUAACACUCAGGCUUACUGUUUUCAAUUUUUUUUGUAUGAAGCUCAGUGGCGAUAAACAUAAUAAAUCAAAAAUAUUUGUGUAUGCAUAAUGGUAUUAGUCAUUGUUCUGUUUCAUGAUAAAGAAAUAUUCUAGAUUUUUGUGUGCACAGUCUGCCCCAUUAAUUGAUGUGUUUGUUUGAAUUCAACUAGAGUUAUGCAUCUCUUGGGUUAUAUCCAAAAGGAGAAUCGUCUUUAUUUGGGUGACAAAGAGCUCAACAUAGUCAGCUACAGCCUUCUGCUGUCUCUGUUGGAGUACCAAACAGCUGUGAUGAGGAAAGACUUCCAGACUGCUGAUAAAGUCCUACCCACAAUCCCUCUUGAUCAGCGGAACAGAAUUGCACAGUUUCUUGAAAAGCAGGUAUUUGGGAACGAGCAUUCUUCAUCAUUUUUUGUUGUUGUAAGUGAUGAAAAGAGAGUGGGUUGUCAUUUUAUUUGUCAGUGUUGUAAAGAGAGAGUGUUGUUAUUUGAGUAGUCAGUUAUGUAAAGAGAUUGAGUUGUCAUUUUAUUAGUGAGUGUUACAAAGAGAGAGUUAAGUCAUUAUUGUUGAACGUUUAGUUAUAAAAUAUUUUAAAUAAUAACAUAUUACCAGGUAUUAAUUUUCUCAUUUAAAGAAGACAAUUUGAAUAAAGUGGAAUAAUUAUGAUUUCAAUUAUUAUUUUUUUAAUAAAUUUUAAAGUAUUUAAAAUAAUUUACUUUAAUAUAUAUACCAGUCACUUAGCCACUUGAUAUGUAUAUUGGUAAUUUAUUAACAUUCUUAUAAAUAUAUUGAGAAAUUGAUGGCAUUAAAUUUGUGUAAAAAUUGAAAGAAUCUUCUGUGUGAUCCCCAGGGAUUCCUAACUCAGGCUUUGGCAGUGUCCAUAGAUCCAGAUCACAGGUUUGAUUUGUCCAUCCAACUCAAGGAUCUGGCAACAGGUCAUUCUAUAGCCAAGCAGUGUGAGUCAGUGGACAAAUGGAAGGAGCUGUCUGACUUGGCUCUCAAACUAUCCGACAUGGACCUUGCUCAGGAGUCUUUACUUCAGUCCCAAGACCUGGCCGGCCUGUUGCUUCUGGCCAGCAGCGCAGGAAACCGUGAUGGAAUCUCCAAACUGGCACAAUCAGCCGAGGAACGUGGCCAAAAUAAUGUUGAGUUUUUGGCCAAUUUUGUGCUGGGGAGGUAGGUUUGGUAGAGGAACUCUCUUUCUGGUAUGUUUUUAAAGAUAACUUUCACAAGUGGCUAAAGUCCAUUUUGCAAGAAAGUAUUUUUUUGAAAAGCUUUUCCAAAUAUUUUUUAUUUAAAAUCGUAAUACAACAAAAUUUAAAACCAACAAGUCACAGCUGCGGUUAAAUAAAUGUGUUCCCCGUGAUUGUUAUGAGAGAUAACCAUAGACGACACAUCAGUGUAGUGUGGUAAAAUUAAAAUGUUUAUUUCAGUUUUAGCUAUAACAAGAAAAAAAUUGAAAUACCGUAUUAAAAGGAUUUUGAAAACCAAAUUUACUAUUGAAGAUAUUGUUUUCAAAAAUUCAAAUUUUAUAAUAGAUUUUGGAUUUUGAAUAGUUUCAGCCCAUCAGAAAAUAUUUUCCAAUCACUAAGCUUUUAGCGGGAUUUUUUUAGCUGAUAAAUUAUGAAAUGUUUUUUAUAUAUAACUAGCGAGUACCCGGCAUGCGUUGCAAUGCCACUCAAGGAAAGAAAGUGUUUGCAUGUUAUGUUUCUUCAAGAGCUUUUAAAUACUCAAAAUUUUUCUUGUUUUUCCAUCUGGUAUAUACACGAAUAAAUCAGAAGAUUUUCCGACGCGACAGCAGGCCACAUACAUCUGUCCAUGGUCGAAGCAUGGGUUUUCCAAAUUUAGUCCGCAAACUUGUAGCGAUUGUCCCUGUGCUUUUUAGAUAGUCAUUUUAGACGCGUGUCGCAUCAAAAACUGUACGCGUUUGAAUUCAAAUGGCAUAUCUGUUGGAAUCAUUGGGGUGAAUGGCAAAAGUACAUCACCUAGUUUAAAUUUUCCAAUUAAAAUAGUAACUUCAAUGGAACCAAUUUCGGAAGAUUCAUUUGAAAAAAUGUACCGUACCUAAUGCUUCGAUAUCAAAGGGCGUUUCUCGUUGCAAAUCAAGAGCGAAAAGUUUGUUUGCAGAUCGAUUCCGAGAGGUCAUUCCCAACUCAUGAAUCAUCAAUCGAUAUGAAUAGUAUUUCAUGGCACUGUCUUUCUUAUUCGAAUUUCUCAAUUUGAUGUCAAAAUGAUAUCCAUCUUCUCGUUGCCAAAAUAAAAUAGGAUAUUGCAAUCAAACGUAUGAGCGAUGAGUUUCUGAGACUCGCUGAACAUCAACACUUCUGCGAUGAAGAAUUAUAUCACUUGAGUUAAAUUCUUUGCCAACUAUAAUGAUCGCCACUUCAUCAAUUGUUGGUGCAUUUCUGAGACUCGCUGAACAUCAACACUUCUGUGAUGAAGAAUUAUAUCACUUGAGUUUAAUUCUUUGCCAACUAUAAUGAUCGCCACUUCAUCAAUUGUUGGUGCAUUGUAUUGUCUUUCAUGUUGGCCGACAGGUGUUUAGUCUGCUCUAACUAUGACUUUGUAUUCAUCAGUCGGCAUCUUUUCAAGUGCAACUCUAUACAUUUGAAUUAAUUCGUUGUAUUGCAAAAAUAACGUUUGCAUUGCAGCGACAAUUUCUCGUUUAGUGCUCGUAUUGAUAUGACAACGCUGAUCGAUUUGCUCAUCAGUAUUCCCCAUGAAAUCAUUUGAAGACAUUUGUGAUCUGUCUUUGGCAUUGGCAUCAGAGAUCCUACACGAUGGUAAAUUUGGCCUUUCACUUUACGUUAAAUGUUGGCAUGUAAUUCUCGCGCACGAUAUUUGUUGCACCGAACGAUGUCAUUUGGAAACAUGAAUUGCAUUUGCAUAUGUUUGCCAAGAAAUGUUUCGAUUGGCUAUUGUCACCUGAUACCAACAAUGAUAAUGGUUUUGAUGGUGAAUGUAAUUCUCACACGUUAGGAUCUCCCAUCUUUUUACAUGAAAACCUCGCACAAUAGGUACGUUCAUUGUUGGCAGGAGAUUUCCAGUUGUAUAGUUUCUCAUUAAUUUAUAAAUCGUAAAUUCCAGCGGUAAAAAAUGACCAUAGUUCAAUAUCUACGCUGUCAAGUGUGUUAUUUAAUUACUUGAGAAACCAUCGAUUGGUGUAAAAUGUAUUUACAUAACACAAAACAACUCCGAAAUUAUAAGACUCUAUUCAAGAAAUACUCUUAGUUGAAAAAAAAAACGCGAUUUCGAUGUCAUUUCCGAUUCUAAAAUGCGUCACAAAAUUCAAGCUUAUUUAUACAAAUAACAAAAAUACUCUCUACACUAAAAAUGUAAAAACGUGUUUUCUCUGCUUUACUACAAAUGUGUCAUUUGUUCAAGGGCGGUAGUGUUGAUAUCUUCGUUAUAAAUUAUAUUGAUGAAGCUCAUUUAAGAAAAUAAAUUGAAUUUAGGGUCCCCAGCCCUAAUUGGAAUAUUGUACAAUGGAUGUACUAAAUUUGAAAAAUUUGCCGGUGGAUUCAGCUACUUCCACACAUGCAAUAGCUUUGUUUGAAAUUAUAGUUACAAAGCUCUUAGAAGAAAAUAUGAAAUUAGGGUCACUGGCCGAAACGGCAUAUUGUAAAAUGUUUUUUUCUAAUUUAGAAACAUUUUCGGUAGUGCGCAUUUCACUUGACCCAGUUUGAUCACAAUCGAAUGAAUGGUAUAGAAAUGCAUACUAUAAUUAUAUAGAUAAUAGAAGUGUGGAAAACGAAUUUAGGACCCCCCUCCACAAAUGGAAUAUUGUAGAAUUGUUGUAUUACUUCAGAAACCUACUUAAUAUGUCACACACUCAAUUUAAUAUCACUAUUUGUAUUUGAUUAAAAAGCUAUCCAUUCAUGCUUUAGCUCUGUUUGAAAUUAUAGUUGUAUAGCUUAAAAUUAUAGUUGUAUAGCUUAUAUAGAAAAAACGAACAUAGGACCCCUGGCUAAAAACGGAGUAUUUUAAAAUGGUUGUAAUCAUUUAAGAAACCUUUGCGGGCGGGCGCGCGCACAACAUCUCUCUAAAAUUUUAUCGCAUUGUAAUAAUGUAGAGGAGCGCAUACGGAAAUUAUUUUUUAUAAAGCUCCUAAUGUAAGGAAAAAAACACGAAUUUGGGGCGAUUGCCAAAAAAACGGAAUAUUUUAGUAGAGUUAUAAUGGCUUAGAAAAAUGCUCUGGCUUAUGGACAACAACUCACCUCAGUUUUAUCGCAAGCGCUUGAAUGAUGUAGGAGCGCAUGCGGUUUGAAAUUAUAUUUAUAUAGCUCAUUUUGUAAGAAACAAACAUAGGGCCCCUGGCUCAACACUGAAUAUUUUAAAACGGUUGUAGUAAUUUAAGAACCUUUGUGGGCGAUAGAACAACAUCUCACUAAAUUUUUAUCGCAUUCUGAAAAAUGGUAUAGGAGCGCAUAGAAAAUUAUUUUUUACAAAGCGCAUAUAAGAAAAAAUAAGAAUUUGGGUCAACGGCCCAAAACGGAAUAUUUUAAAAGUGUUGUAAUGAAUGGUUAUGUUUAUAGAUAACAACUCGUCAAAGUUUUGUCGCAAUCGCGUGAAUGGUGCAGGAGCGCAUACGGUUUGAAAUUAUAUUUAUAUAGCUCGUAUAAGAAAAAAACGUAAAUAAGGCCGCUGGCUAAAAUUGGAAUAUUUUGAAAAGUUUAUAAUAAUUUAAAAACCUCUGCGGCCGUGCUUCAGCAUCUCACCAAAGUUUUACGUUUAUUGCAAUCGGAUAAAUGGCGUAGGAGCGCAUAUGAAAAUUAUUUUUUUACAAAGCUCAUAUAAGAAAAAAUACGAAUUAAGGGCCAACGGCCGAAAACGGAAUAUUUUUAAAAGUAUUUAAAUAACACAGUAAAAUGCAUUUGCGCAUGGACAACAACUCACUAAGUUUUGUAGCAAUCGCUUGAUUGGUGUAGGAGCGCAUAAAGUUUGAAAAUAUAUUUAUAUAGCUCAUAUUAGGAAAAACGAAUAUGAGGGCCCUGGCUCAAAAAUGAAUACUUUAAAACGGUUGUAAUAAUUUAGAAACCUUUAUAGAGAAGCUUGCAACAUGUCACCAAAGUUUUAUCGGAAUCGGAUAAAUGGCGUAGGAGCGCAUAUGAAAAUUAUUUUUUACAAAGCUCAUAUAAGAAAAAAUACGAAUUAAGGGCCAACGGCCGAAAACAGAAUGUUUUUAAAAGUGUUUAAAUAACACAGUAAAAUGCACUGGCGCAUGAACAACAACUCACUAAGUUUUGUAGCAAUCGCAUGAUUGGUGUAGGAGCGCAUACGGUUUGAAAAUAUAUUUAUAUAGCUCAUAUAAGGAAAAACGAAUGUGAGGCCCCUGGCUCAAAACUGAAUAAUUUAAAACGAUUGUAAUAAUUUAGAAAUGUUUAUAGACAUGCUCGCAACAUUUCACCAAAGUUUUAUAUGAAUCGGAUAAAUGGCGUAGGAGCACAUGUGGAAAAUAUUUUACAAAGCUCAUAUUAGAAAAAAAACGAAUUAAGGGCCAACGGCUAGGAACGGAACACUUGAUAAGGUUUUUAAUGACUCAGUUAAAUGUCCGGUUAAGUGGAAAACAACUGUUUAAAGUUUUGUCGCAAUCGCAUGAAUGGUGUAGGAGCGCAUACGAGACAUACAGACAGUCAUACAAACAUUCAUUUUUAUAUAUAUAGAUUUGUUGUUUAAAAAAUAAGAUGAUUGAUUUUGUAUUAUUGCAUCUUUUUUUGGCUUUACUGUUCAGUUGAUUAAAUUUAUUUCUAUUUUUGUUCUUCCCCAAGAUGUGAAGACUGCCUGGAAAUUCUUAUUAAAACAGGACGUCUACCAGAGGCUGCAUUUUUUGCUAGGACUUACCUCCCUUCCCAGAUUUCCAGGUUCACUUCUAUGACUAUAUUUUACCUUAUCUCUGACUUUUAGUUAUUUUUCCACAGUAAAUAAGAAAACAAAGAGUCUUCAAAUUAAGCAGCCAAUUUAAUUAUAUUGGCAUUUUUUUCUACAAUGUUAUUGUUUCUUAUUUCAUUCCUAAAAUAUGAAUUUCAGCUACCUUUAGUAUUUGUACAUGAAUGAUUUUGAUGUGAAUAUUUUUAUAGACUCACAUUAAAUGAUUUUUUUGGUAAAUAUUUUUACAAUAUCAAGUUAAAUGAUUUUGAUGUGAAUAUAUUUAGAAUAUCACAUGAAAUGAUUUUGAUGGGAACAAUUUUUAGACCUCUCAUCUUUUUCCUUUCUCUAUAAAGAGUUGUCUGUCUCUGGCAACAAAUGAUGGCCAGCCACAACAAGAGAGUUGCAAGUGCAAUUGCUGACCCCACGCAGUAUGAGAACCUAUUCCCUGGCUACAAAGAACUUCUCAAAGCUGAAGAGUUUAUCAAACCCGAGAGGUUGAAGGUCAUUCCUGCUGCUCAAUACUCCAGAAUACAGGUUGAGCAGAGAUGACUUAUUUGUUUAUUUAUUUCUAUAGAGACAAUUCAACUAUUUCUUUAGAAUUUCCAGUCAUGUCAAGAUUAAUAAAAAAAAGAGUUUUUAAAUUCUGUCAAAACGAUAAAGAAAAAAUGUAUAAGCAAUUGCCAAUGUUGUUUUUUUUUAAAAUCAUAACAUUAAAUCAUUAAAGAUCCUCAAAUUUUGGCAUGUUAGAGUAUUCUCUUACACACAGCCAAAACACUUUUUAAAUAAAAUAAUUUAAUGAUCUAUAAAUACAAUUAACUUUUUUUUUAAUGAAUUGCUCUUUUAUUACUUAAGUCUUUUCAUCUCAGUACGUCUCACAUCACCUUGAGAUAAGGAACUUUUUUGUAUAAAUCCUUAAAUUUGUAUAGUUUAUUUAUUCAUGUCAUCCCACUUUAAAUUGCUGUUAGCCAGAUACUCCUUGGUUAAUUUAUUCAUGUCAUCCCACUUUAAAUUGCUGUUAGCCAGAUACUCCUUGGUUACUAUUUUAUGUAAGCUUAUUCAGUAAAAUUGUUCCCUACAACAUGGCAAACUCCAAACCCUUAAUUUUUUUUUAACUCAAUGGUAUUUCUUAGUUAUUUCUUGUUUUUUUCCUCGUCUUCUGAAGAAGGAAUUUAGUCAAAACAGUCUCUUGUGAUUGUCCUGUCUUUUUACUUCAAACUUCAACAUACCUUAUUCUUUUGUUUUUUCACACAUUUGCUUUUUAGUUCAAGUGUUGAAGAGAUCUAACCACACUAUUUCCCAAAGUAUGCUUUAUGUAUGCUUUGUGUAGGAAAUAAUUACUGGUAGUAGUUGUUUCCCAUUUGCACACCCUGGCCAUUUAAGAUGCUAAUGUCCUAGCUUCAGAUGUAGGCAUUCAUGAAACUUUUCUCAGAAGUCUAGAAUAUAAAUUCCACCCGUGCACAUAUUCCUACCAGAGUAAUGCAGAUCGUGUCCCAGUGAGAGAAAUGCAGGAGUCAGAGCGAAUCGGUGUGUUGACUGUUUCACUGCAGCCGUCUCCUGGAGAAACUGAGGAUGAGGAAGAAGAAGGUUUUGUCAAGGUGCAAGUCAGUGGCAAAAGAAAGGUACAUCAUUAAAACUUACGUUAAACUUUUAUUUCAUUUUAAUUUGCCAUUUGGGAUUGAAGAGUUUUUAAUAUGCCCCACUGUCAGUCAAAUCUGAUGUAGAUGUUAAAAGCUCAAGUUUUAUUUUAUUAACAUUUUAAACUAGCUAUAGGCCCUCCAAACAAUGGAAGCCGCAAUCUGUGAACUUCCAAUCUACUAAAGUUAGUUGAGAAAAUAUGCAUUCAAGCAAUGCACUUAAAUAUUGAAAGAUUCCAAAUCGGGGCUCUUCCCACCCCCCCACCCCCCAACUGUGUUGCCGCCCUGAACUACAUUAAUAUUCUAAUGCCCCACCCCAUAUUACACUGCAAAUUUAUAAGAACAUUACGCACCAAACACACUGGCAGCAUUUUUAAGAAUUUCGUUUUGUAUUUUGAGUGAUCUCUGGUUUGGCUCAUUGUCCUUAAAUGUUUAGUUAUAUUUUGAUCCAUCAUCUUCAAAUUUGAUGGUUGCUGGUGCUCUCAGACAAGUUUUUGUGGUUUAUCGCGGUCAGAAAACUAAUUGUGGAAAUAAUAAUGUUUUUAAAAGACCACAAGAAGUUAUAUUUUGAUUAAUAUUUAGCCCAAAAGUGCUAUUAUUUUAUUUAAAGAUUAUAUGAUACUUAAUGAAAAAAUAAAUGAUGCUUGAAAAUGUAAUCUCACCGUUGUUAUGGCUGGCAGAUCUAUCCUCAAAUUCUUCUGCUUCACUGUCACAUUUAAUGUCUCAUUUAAUGUCUUGUUUUGUCACUCAUUUAAUGUUUCAUUCAAGGUCUCAUUCAGUGUCUCAUUCAGUGUCUCAUUUAAUGUGUCAUUCAAGUCUUAUUUAAUGUCUCUAUUAAUGACUCAUUCUAUUUCUCAUUUCUUUUUUUCAUUCAAUGUCUCAUUCAGUGUCUCAUUUAACAUCUCAUUUAAUGUCUCAUUGAAUAUUUUCAAAUUACUUGAAAAGGCAGCAGCUGAAGUAAACAUCCCUGAGAGCACCCCAGUUGAAUAUCCUGUGCCUGCCCCAGGUCAAUAUCCUGUGCCUGCCCCAGUUGAAUAUCCCAUGUCUGCCCCAGUUGAAUAUCCCCUGCCUGAACCAGGCCAACAACCUAUGCCUGAUAGACUUUCAACUAUAUCUUCAAAUCCUACUGGUCAAGCCAGUUUGAUACAACUGACGGUUGAUGGGGGAGUGACAAAAAACAAUAAAGACUCCCCAGCCCUAUCUGACUUGGAGAGAGAGCUUGAUUUUGACUUAGAAAACUUCAAUAUUGAUGACUUUGACAUUACGGUGAGUCUUAAACCCACCUGCUCAGCUCACCCCUUUAUUAUGUGAACCUUUGUCUUUCUCCUAUAUUCUCUUAUGCGUUUCUAAUUGAUCUCUACUAUAAUUGUUUUCUCUUCGUUUUAGAGAGGUUAUUUAAUAUAAAAGAUAAAUGAUGUUUUUUAGUGUUGAAGGUUUUUAAACAAAUUGAAAAAUCAGAAAUAUUGGAAAAAAUGUAAUCUCUCCCUUUUAACAACAGAAAAUGCCACACUACAAAGGGCAAAAAUGUGUCUUCGGUCUUCAUUUAACAUGCCUUAUAUUUCAUGUCUGUAGCAAAUCUUCACUCAUUAUUUUAUAUCUAUAGAGCAGAUAUAGAGUGUCUCAUUUAGAGAAAAAGUAAAAAUCUUUUAUACAGUAGAUAUAGAGUAGAUAUCAAGUGUCUUAUUUAAACAAAAAGUUAAAAGUUUCUAUAGAGUAGAUAUUGAGUGUCUUAUUUAGAAAAAAAUGUACAAAGUUACUAUAGAGUUGAUGUAUAGAGUGGCAAAUUUAGUCAAAAAGUAGAAUGUUAAACAAAGAGUAAAAUGGGGUAGGGUAAGGAGGUUUUUAAAUGUUUUAAAAACAUUACAGUCUCUUUUGAAAGGUUCAUUAAUGUUCCAAAUGUUUGUUUUCAAAAACAGUUGUGGUCAUGUGCCUAAAUGCUAAUGUAAUAAAUAAGCCAAAAAUACAUUACCGGUAUUAUAUAUUACAUAUACUGAGCUGGGGCAUGGAAACCAUGUCACAUGUGUAAAUUACAGGGAGAGUUGCAUCAACUAUAAUUAUAAUUUCAGAAGGUUCUCAAUAUAUCCACAAAGCCUUGGCAUCAUUAUUACCAACGGGUAUCACUAAUAGCACAUUGCAACAAAAAAAAAGUGGUUCAACUUUAUUUCGUCUCUUGAGCGAGGUGAACAGUCACUUGGGAAAUUAUAAUUAUAGAUAAAUAUGUAAUAUAUAUGGCAUCCUUCCGUCUUGGCGAGAUGAUGGAGAAGUUAUGUACACUUCAACCAAUGGCUCACUAGGCCAAUCCUGGAAUGGCAAUUAAUGUAAGGCUGUCCGUUUUUAGUAAAUUAGGGGCAAAAUAGAAUUUUGACAGAAACAUCAUUUACAUAUUUUUGUUUAAUUUGACAGGAACUAGAUCUUGAUUCUGAAGACCUAUUGAGUGAUUUGAGUGAUGCUCUAUGAUGAAGUCUAUUGCGUGAUUUGAGUGUUGCUUCAUGAUAGAGUCUGCUCAAUGUAAUAAAAUAUGAUAACAUUCACUGCUUGUUUGUGUGCAGUAAUAUUCUUAUUGUGUGCAAUGUCUGUCCGUAUGAACAUUCCACUGUGAUAAUUUUGUACAUUAAAACAUUGAUUAAUUAGCCAGAAUUUUCUGGAAUGGAUGUUUAUAAUUUACAUUCAAGUGCUUCUUACUUUGGCUCACAGAUCACUACUGAGCUAAAUUAGAACCUCAGCUUGGUCUAAAUGAAUUUUAAAUCUGUCAAAGCUAGGUGGAUUCUUACCUUCUUCAUUGUAUUCUCUGCUUUUUCAAAUCAAGAGCUUAACAAUAUCUUUCUAUGAUUUCUGGUCUCUUGCUCACUUCUCUUUCCAAUCUUUAUUACCUCCUUGUCGACACUUCUUCGCCAGGUGUUUUUACGUCUUCCCCAUCCUCUUUAUUCUGGAGGGUUCUUGCCUUACCAAUUGUGUAAAUAUGUAAGGGGAAAUUUCAAAUCAAAAGCAAGAAGAAAAAAAAAUGAGUGAGGUUUAAUUUCCAUUUAACUAGGUCAUUUGACAACAUUGCAGCUCUGUGCAGAACUUAUGCCCCCGGUUUUUUUUUAUCACUAAAAGAAUUGUAUCUUAUCUUUAUCUGUAUAUCUACAGAGGAGCUGGUACUUACAAGCCUUUUUGUUUUAUUUACAUAUUUUAUUAUAUUUAAUCAUGGAAAGUACCAAGCUGUGCAAUUUUUUUUUUUAACUGAUUAAAAAAAUAAAAAUUAAAGGAAAAAAAAACGAAAUUUUAUAAUAUUUUUUAAAAUUUGUUUUGAAUUUGAUUUUGUUACACAUCUAUUGCAAUAAAAUAAAUAUUUAGAAAGGAAAAAAAAA